AAUAUCCACAUGAGAUACUGAUGAUGAUGGGUCAUUAUUUAUAGACUGUGAUCAUCUUUUAUCAUAAAAAGUAACACAAAUUUUUUCUUUUCAAUAGAAUGAUCAAGUCGCUUGCUAACAAAACCAGAAUUAUGCUUAAGGAACUUGCACCAUUUUUUACAUACGCACCUGAAUCUUAAUAUGGAUUUUGCCGGUACACGCAACAAGAUUUCCACAUCAACUUCAUGUGGGAUGUGCAUUAUCAAUCUCCUACGAGAAGGAUUUUCCUGUUCUUGGAGAAGGUAGAGGAGCAAAACAAGGUGAUGCAAAUGGAACUUCAUCAUCUGAUGUGAGGACUGCAAAUUGGAAGAAUACUCUCUUCACAUGAGAGAGGAUGGACAGAGAGGAUUCUUCUGCGAGAAAACUGCAUUUUCGUCAGCCUCAAUCCAUCAACGGUAAGCGAAUUUCUGUAAUUCGUGCCUCUGAUUUCACAGAUGAAAUUAGGUCUUGUGAAAGCACUUUGGUUGGGUAUUUCGUGGGGCGACGCUCUUCUUUCGAAAUUGUUGAAAAAGCAUUGAAGAAAAUUUGGAAGCUCAAAGGUAAGUUUCUAAUGACACUUAAUGGAGACUCCAUCUUUAUUAUUGAAUUUGAUUUGGAAGAAGACAAAGUUAUAGCCAUGGAAAUAGGUUCGGUUUUCAUCUCUGGUAGACUUUUUGUUAUUCGUCCUUGGCAUUUAUUCAUUGAACAUUCUGUUCAAGAGAUGAAAACAAUACCUAUUUGGCUAAAUUUGUACAACAUUCCAACUCACUUAUGGAAUGUUAAAGGCAUCAGUAGGAUUGCUAGUGUUCUGGGAUUCCCUUAUUAGCGGAUAAGCACACAAUUGAGAGAACAAGAAUGUGUUUUGCAAGGGUAUGUGUUGAAAUAGAUCUGGAUUUUGAUUACCCUGAUUUUAUCCCAGUAUCUUUUGAUGGGAGAGAGUUUCAACUACCUGUGGAAGACUCUUGGAAACCUCCAAGAUGCUUAUCAUGCUCAACCUUCGGCCAUUUGAAUGGCAAAUGUCCUGAUGCUACCGCAAGUAGGGCUUUUAAGAAGACUUUGGUUUUACAAACUCUAGAACAUGACAGUGGAUUUAGGCGAUGGCGCAGAUGCUAACAACACAUUGACAACAACAAAUAGAAUUGAACCAGAGGUCGCCGGGUCAGCUAGUGCUUCCAUUGUUCUGCCAAAUGAGGAUCAAUUGGGCGGUGAGGGUGUACUGGAAAUGGUGUCUCCCAAUUCAGCUAAUAAAUGGUAUACAAGAAGAUCAAAGAAUUCAGGUAUAAAGGGGGGAAGGCCUAAUGAUGUACCUAUUUGUCUCUUGAACCUUUUCAAUAUCUUGGAGUCACACACUGAUGGUGGAGAUGCUACAAUUAGUGAAAAUCUGUCCGAAAUUUCGGAAGAUGUCAGGAACGCCACUUGUAAUCCUCAAGAACAAGAUAUUGAAGCUCUUGAAAUUGAUACAGGUGAAGACUCUAAUGAAGAGUCUGAAUACGAGACAGACUAUGAUGCCGUGGAUGUCGCAAAGGUAAAGAAGAGGUCUCUCGAUGGAAAGUAAUGACUAAAGAACAAAACAUGGAGAAACUUAAGACGUUUAGUUCAUCACUUGGUCUUACUAGUGGAGGUAACGAAGUUGCGGUUAAGAAAAUCCUUGGAGGCAUUGUAGAUACUUUCCAUUCCUCGAAACCAAUCAAGGAUUUGGGUCCAAACAAUGAUGAUUUGGGUAGAGGGAAAAGAACCCCCAUACCCCAGAAGAAAGUAUAAGGUUCAGUUAGUUUGGCACUUAUAUAUGUUGGUAAGCAGUUGUUAUGCUUUUGUUUUUUCGCCACUUGUGUGUUGAGGCGGCUUUUUGCCUUCUCUUGUUGCGCUUAGACGCCUCUCAUCUUGUAUUUUUUUU